AUGAAGUACCCACUCCAGGGAGCCAUCGCAAAGCUGUUUGACCCUCUGGUUGCGAGGCUCGCCCCCGCCUACCAGGCGGCUGUUGGCAACGAGUUGCGGAAGGUGGGACUGCGGUACGAGGACCUGUACGACCCUGAGUUCGACUUGGACACCGCCGAGGCUCUGCGCCGCCUCUCCCCCGAUGAGGUGCAUGCCCGCAACCAGCGGUUGAAGCGUGGCAUGGACAUGUCGAUGAAGCACAGUGAGCUGCCGCACGAGAUCCAGGAGCAGCAGACACCCUUCAACUUCUACCUGGAUGAGACCCUGGCCCAGGUCAAGGCCGAAAACGAGGAGAGGAAGCAGCUGGGCAGCGGCCGGCCGUACGAUCGCCACCUGCCAUGA